CUGGCGUAAGAAUAACAAAAUGUCAAAGUUGUCAAUAACGUUUUAGCGACAUUCUCGAGGUGUGGUGUUGUGGAGUUUGUAAUCUGUAUCCGAGUCCAAUGCUAAUUAAAUGUCUACUAAACCAAUGAAAAUGCCGUCGGCAACUAAAGAGAAAGACUCUACAAUACUAAAGAUCGCGGUGGAGAUGCUAAAUGCGCCUGACAAGGUGCCGCAGUUGAUGGAAUUCGAUCAAGCCCAGCCUCUAUCCAGUAUAAUUCAGUUAUUGUGCAAACCUUGGGGUCUUCCUGACCCCGAAAACUACGCUUUGCAAUUCUCCGAAACCAACAACCAGAAUUACAUAACCGAAAAGAAUAGAAAUGACAUAAAAAAUGGAUCAGUGCUGCGAUUAGAAUUAUCUCCAGCAAAGACGGUGCAAGACAUUUUAACUAAAAUUAACACAGGUUUAGAAUCCGAACAGGUCACAGCUCUGAAGAAAUUAUCGACUCUAAGCAGUGAUCUCACAUUCGCACUUGAGUUUAUAAACAAAAAAGGUUUAUCUCUAAUUAUAAACAAUAUACAAAAUGGUAAAUUCAAUGGUGAACUGUUAAAAUACGCUUUGGUGACAUUUGUGGAACUCAUGGACCAUGGUAUUAUUUUUUGGGACAUACUCGAAAACCAAUUUAUAAAUAAAGUUGCUAGUUUUGUAAGCAAUCAUGCUAACACAAGGGAUCCUAAAGUGAUACAAUGCUGUUUAUCAAUUCUUGAGAAUAUUGUUCUCAAUAGCUCCAAAAACUCACAUGUAGAGAAAGAAGUCCCAAUAACUAGUUUGAUCACACACUUACAAAACACACAGGAUAGCAAAAUUCAGCAGAAUACUAUUGCACUCAUCAAUGCUAUGUUUUCAAAAGCAGACUUGACAAGGAAAAAAAUGAUUGCAGCUACUGUGUCUUCCAAGCCAGCUCGAAAUAUUAUAUAUGAAAAUCUUAUAGGAGCUAGUGAGUUCUCGAAAAACACUACAAAAGAAGCGUUAGGUACAGAGCUCGCUCAUCAGCUUUAUGUACUGCAGACCUUAAUGCUCGGUUUGUUAGAGCCUAGAAUGAGACAAAGGGCUGAUUCUCAAGAACAAGAAUCACAGGAAAAAAUUAAGGAACUAAGAAAAAUUGCAUUUGAAAAUGAUAAUAACCCAAAUAUAGAAGUCACUAUGAGAAGACCAGUGGGCUCGUACUCUAAAGACUUCAAGAAACUGGGAUUCAAAUGUGAGAUUGACCCUAUAAAAGACUUUAAUGAAGUUCCACCAGGAAUACUUGCUUUAGACUGCAUGUUGUAUUUUGCUAAAUAUUACCCUGAUGAUUACACUAAGAUUGUUCUAGAGAAUAGCUGUAGGGCCGAUGAACAUGAGUGCCCAUUUGGCAAAACUAGUGUAGAGUUGGUGAAACAGUUGUGUGAUAUACUACAUGUUGGUGAUCCCCCAAGUGAGCAGGGUCAGACGUAUCAUCCUCUGUUCUUCACCCAUGAUCACCCUUUUGAGGAGUUGUUCUGCAUCUGCAUAGUUGUCUUAAACAAGACAUGGAAGGAGAUGAGAGCUACAAUUGAAGAUUUCAUCAAAGUGUCAAGUGUUGUGAGAGAGCAAAUAAGCAGAGCAUUAUCAGCCUCUCCUAAGGGACUUGACAAAUUUAGACAAAAGAUCAAUCAACUUACUUAUGCUGAAAUCACACAAAUAUGGCAACAAGAAAGAACCAACAGGGAAGUUUGGGAAUCUCAUGCUCGACCCAUAGUUGAACUAAAGGAGAAAAUCACACCUGAAAUAAUUGACUUAAUCCAACAACAAAGGUUGGGUGUGCUAGUUGGUGGUACAAGGUAAAAAUAUUCAUCAAGAGGGCAAAGGAUAAAGGACAAGUUUUGGUUUGUACGCCUGUCACCAAAUCAUAAAGUUAUACAUUAUGGAGACUGUGAUGAGAAAAGUACACCAAGCUUAGAAGAACUUGGAAAUAAGUUGGCUGUUGCUGAUAUAAAAUGUGUUAUUAUUGGCAAAGACUGUCCUCAUAUCAAAGAUUUAAGAGGGAGGAAAAUCACACCACAUUUAGCAUUUUCCCUCAUAUUAAAAUCUGCUGAAAUGACAUCAUUAGAUUUCUUGGCCCCUGAUGAACAAAUAUUUGAUUAUUGGACUGAUGGCAUUAAUGCUCUAUUAAAAGAAAAAAUGAGUAGCAAAUCAUUUGAAAAUGAUUUACAAACUCUGUUGUCUAUGGACAUUAAAGUACGAUUGCUUGAUGCAGAAGGAAUAGACAUUCCACAAGACCCACCACAAAUACCUGAUGAGCCAGAUGAUUAUGAUUUUUAUUAUGAAAAUAAUUAAUGGAAUACAAUAUUACAUUUUAUUUUGUACAUAAUAUCAGAAAUUAGUUUAAAUACUGAAAAAAUGCUAUCAGGAUAGACUUUUUAUUAUUUUCAUUUUUUAAUUACAAAAAUUUCUGAAAACAUGCCCUGUUUAGGUUGAUACAAUGUACAAAUAUCUAGUGAUAUACAUUUACUGUUAUCUUUACGGCUCUUCCUGUGUGACAACUUAAAUGAAUUUACUAUUGUAUCACAAUAUAAGGAUGUAUAAAGUGCUGACACCAAGUAUGGGAUUCCAAAUUUAGCACUUCCUGCGUUAUGGCAUCCAACAGGCUAAAAGUUAUAUUUAAUUUGCAACUUUAUUAUAAUCAGAAUAGAGUAUUAAUUAUUGUGUGAGUAUUUGGAUAUAUUGUAAGGACAUUCCUUGCAUAGAGAUAUGCUAUUGUUAAUGUAUUAAAAACAAGUGAAUGGUGGACAAACAAAACAUUAUAAUAUGUAAAACCAGCUGAAUAAAAAGCGUGUUUAGCACGACAACUUUUAUGACUUGGUCAUAAUUUUAAAUGUUGUAAGACAAUUUAUUGAGGACCUCCAUUGGGUAUUGAUGCAAUGUAACAUUGAGAUGGGGAUCGAUUUUAUUCAUUCUCUGUAGCUCAAAGUAUUUUAUUUAUACCAAUAAGUAAUAAUCAUUAGGAUAUAUUUUUUUAAUUAGCUUGUAAUCUGUAUUUCCAUGUAAUCUGUAUAUCCUGUAUUGACUGAAUUCUGUAACUUCCAUUUUAUCUAUUCAAUUUAUUGUGGCCAUACACACCAAUAUUAUAUUUUAUAUACCAAAGAUCAUGUCUAAAGAACAAAAUAUAUUUAAUUGUAUGUAAAAAUAAAUGUUUCAAAAUUAAACUGUUAUUGUUAAUAACUUCCAUGAAUAGAAAUAAACUGCAAAGCUGCAUUUGUCAAUGA